AUGCCUGGAUCCGGACCCAAGACGAUCGCCUUCCUCGGCGCCACUGGUGGCUGCGGCUUCUCGGCCCUCCGACGCGCCAUCGAGGCCGGCCACAACUGCAUCGCGCUUUGCCGCUCUCCAGCGAAGCUCGAGGCCAAGCUCGACGAGUUCUUCCCUGAGCGGCCGACGAACCUGGUGAUCCGCGAGGGCAACGCCCAUCAUGUCGCCGCCGUGGCCUCGUGCCUGCUCGUUCCGCCACCGCCACCGUCACCGUCGAUUUCGUCGUCUCAGCGGCAGUCGGAAAAGCGGCUCGUCGACGCCGUUCACUUCUCCGUCGGCGGCACCGUCAGCUUCCCCUCCUUCAGCAUGGACGACCCGGACGUUUGCAAGAAGGCGGCCAAGGCGCUGCUCGACGCCCUCGACACCCUCCGCAACGACGACGGCGCCACGGGUCGACCGCUACUCGUCGUCAUCAGCACCACCGGCAUCUCGACUCUCGGCCGCGACGUGCCGAUACCCCUCGUGCCCUUCUACCACUAUGCCCUGCGCGUGCCUCACGAGGACAAGCGCGUCGUCGAGAAGACCCUCUUCGCCUGCCAGGAGCGCUUUGUCCUCGUCCGUCCCAGCCUUCUCAACGACAGUUCCAGGACCGACCGGCCGGUCCGCGUUCAUGUCGAGGGACCAGCAACUGGCAUCGAGCGUUGCGAGAUUGGAUACUUCAUCUCCCGCAACGAGGUCGGCCGCUGGACCUUUGACAACCUGCUGGAAAAGGCCGAUGAGCAGAUCGAGUACGAGGGCAAGGCCGUCGGCCUGACCUGGUAG